GUUUGUGGGUUUGAGGGCCGGCGAGGGGCUCUGUGCCGACAGCUCAGAGCCUGGAGGCCGCUUUGGAGUCCGUGUCUCCCUCUCUCUCUCUGCCCCUCCCCCAUUCGCACAUGCAUGCUCUCUCUCUCUCAAAAAUAAGUAAUAUUAAAAUCAUUUUUUAAAUGAGGGUCAUAUUUAUAGGAUAAUGGAAUAGAUUUUGUUUUAUGAAAAUGUUUUUUUUAACCCUGCUUAUAUUACCUUUUCUUGCUUUGGCAAGGACUGGUGAAACCUUCACCACAGACCAGCAGCAGUCUGAAGGCCACUGUUUAGAAACCUCAGGAGACUUGUUUUGUAAGGCCCCUUCUGGCUCAGACAUUCUAGGAUUAAAAUAAGGAUCAUUAGGACCUACGUUCCCUCUCGGUGUGUCAGUCCUCAAGAUAGCUAUUUGGAUGCCGAGAACGGCCCUUCUGCACAAGCACCAUGAGCUCCAGUAUUGGUGCCCUACCUGGCCUCACUCUUUGAUUUUUUCAAAUUUCUCUCUCCUUCUUACCCUGCUUGCCAAACUCCCACAUCAUCUCACCCCAACAAGCACACACGUACACCAAUUCAUCAAAAUCACGUAGGGAAAUCAGGGAAUGCUUUUUAAGGAUUUCAUUAAUGGCUCAAUGACUUAUAGUUUGAUUUGUAUAUUUAACAUUCAUGAAAACAUUCUUAAGCCAAAGGAUUGCAUCUUUAGUGGUCAUUUCCCACACAACGUAGAGAAAUCCAAAUUUUUUAAGUUCAGUAGGUAACUUACUAACUGCUAGUAGUCUAAAUCUUCUCCCGGAGUGAAGAGGAAGAAGGCUGCCAUAAAAUUGUCCACACCCAGGGAUCCUGUAAGCUCACCCUUUAGACCCUACUGUAAAAAUACACUUGACUAACGGUGCCUGGGUGGCUCAGUCGGUUAAGCGUCCGACUUCAGCCCAGGUCGUGAUCUCACAGUUUGUGAGUUUGAGCCCUGCUUGGGGCUCUGUGCUGACACCCUGGAGCCUGCUUCGGAGUGUGUGUGUGUGUGUGUGUGUCUGAUUCUCCGCUGCUUGCACUCUGUCUCUCAAAAAUAAAUAAAUAUUUUAAAAAAAUUUUUUUUAAAUACACUUGACUAGAAGCACUAAAUUCUACGACAUUGAGACAAUGGAGCUGCGGGGAGAGGAAGUAGAGGCAGAGGCCCGCCCCAGAGUGGGAGGGGCGAAGGAGAGGUCCGGGGCACAGCCCCCGCCCCACCCCGCGGCGAGCUGGCCCCGCCCCUCGCACGAGCCCCUUUUUAAAACGCGCGGGCGCGCCUUGCGCAGGCGCGGUGCCACUUAAACCUUAGUCGGGCCUGCGCCUCGGUGGUAGGAUGGCGGAAUUGGUCUCUUUUACGGUUCCCACCGAGAGUGACAAAACCUUGCUGGUGUGGGAGCUGAGUUCUGGACCCACGGCCGAGGCCUUGCAUCAUUCUCUGUUCGCAGUAUUCUCCCAGUUUGGCCUUCUGUAUUCGGUCCGAGUCUUCCCAAACGCUGCAGUGGCCCGUCCUGGUUUCUACGCCAUCAUCAAGUUUUACUCAGCAAGGGAUGCUCACAGAGCCCAAAAGGCAUGCGACCAGAAGCAGCUUUUUCAGAAUUCUCCCGUGAAGGUUCGUCUUGGCACCAAACAUAAGGCGGUUCAACAUCAGGCCCUUGCCCUAAACAGCUCCCAGUGCCAAGAACUGGCAAAUUAUUACUUUGGUUUCAAUGGAUGGUCAAAAAGGAUCAUCAAGCUUCAGGAUCUUUCUGACCUUGAAGAAAGGGCAAAUGAAGAUACUGUGCCACCACUUCAGAAGCAGAGCCUGAAAUUCUUCUGUGCUUUAGAGGUGGUGUUGCCAUCCUAUGAGUGCUGGAGUCCCGGCGCUGGCAUGGCCGAGGAGCCUUUGGAUAACCUGGAGGAAGGGCCAUUAUCAUUUCUUAUGAAAAGGCGGACAAUCCAGAAGCUUGCUAUUCAGAAGGCUGUGUCAGAUGCAUUCCAGAAACUGUUGAUUGUGAUUUUAGAAAGUGGUAAAAUAGCUGUGGAAUACAGACCCUGUGAAGAGAUCACAGAUGCCAGUACUGAAGACGAGCUACAGGAUUUAAUUCAAGUACUUACACCCCUAGCUGAGCCGGUGGGCUUUAAUUACCUGGGGUCCUCUGCUCCAGCCCAGAUGUUGGCCCCGCCUGAGGAGUUGACUGAAACUUUGCUUCCAUUCCUGGACACGGAUUCCGUUGGAGAACUACCCCCAGGGACAGAUGAGGAUCUGAAUGACCAGCUAACCCAGCAUCAAAGGCUCCCAGAGGUGGUUCCAAUGCCAGGUUGGGAUUAUUUAAUGUUUCCCAGGGUUACAGAUAAGCCUUUAGAUGUGGAACUUACCACAACUCCAGGGCCUGAUAAAGGUGUUGAAUCUUCUAUAGCCCAGCAAGAGGCCCCACCUCAGCCUCUUGAACAUACUGAGGAAACAGAACUUUCUCUAACCCAGCAAGAGACCUCGGGUAAGCCUCCAGAGGAGGUUGAGCCUUCAAGUGAGCAGGAGACCCCAGGGCAGCCUUCCGAGCCUCCUGGGGUGAUUGAUCCUUCUCUAAGGCAGCAGGAGACCCCAGCUCAGCCUUCAGUGCCUCCUGAGGAAGCUAAGCCUUCUCUAAGCAAACAGGAACCCCCAGCUCAGCUUCCAGAGGCCCAGGAAGAGGGUGAACCUUCCCCUCUCCAGGAGGAGGGCCAGGGUCAGCACCCACAGGCCUCUGAGGGGAGUGAACCACCUACAACCCAGGAGGAGUCCCCAGCUCAGCAUCCACAGACCCCUGAGGAGGUUGAACCUUCUUCAACCCAGCAGGAGGCUCCAGCUCAGUAUCCUCAGGCAUCAGAGGAGGGUGAGCCUUUUCCAACCCAACCAGAGACCCCAACUCAGUAUCCAGAGCCCCUUGAGGGGACUGAACCUUCUCCAGCCCAGUCAGAGGCCACAACUCAGCAUCCAAAUCCCCUUGGGGAAGUUAAACCUGCAACCUAUCAGGAGGCCCCAAGUCAGCAUCCACAGACCUCUGAGGAAAUUAACCGUUCUGCCACUCAACAGGAAGCCACAGCUCAACAUCCAGAGCCUUCUGGUGAACCUUCUCCAACCCAACAGGAGGCCCCAGCUCACUCUCCAGAACAUCGGGUGGUAACAGUUUUUCCUCAAGGUCAGAAUCAAGCUCAGCUCCUGCUGUUGCCUAAUGUCACUGUUAAACCUGUGGAUCCUUCAGUUACCAUGACCUCAGAAUCCACUAAUGAGGUUGAAGCUUCUCCACUCCGAGAAGAGGCCUCAGCUCAGUCUGGAGUGUCCCCUGAGCAGUUGGAACCUUCUCCAAUCCAGCAGGAGGUCCCACAUCAGCAUCCAGCUGCCCCUGAAAAUGCUGAGCCUUCUCCAAUCCAGCAGGGAGUCUCCACUAUGCCUGAAGAUCUUCCUGAGGAAAUUGAACUUUCUCCAAGCCAGCAGGAGAGCUCCGCUCUGCCUCAAGUGCCUGUUGCAAGGAUAGAACCUUCUCCAAUCCAGCAAGAGGUCCCAGCUCAGCAACCAAAGCCCAAUGAGGGGGUCGAGUCUUUUCCAGUUCAGUAUGAGCAUCCAGCUCAGCCUCCAGGGUCCUCUACAGAUGUUGUAGCUCAGUCUCCAGUACAGCAUGAGGUGACAUUCUCACCUCCAGGUCCAGGUGAAGCUCAGCAUCCAGUGUUGCCUAAUAUCACAGUUAAACCUGUGGAUCUGAGGGUUCUCAUAAGUCCCCAGGCAACUAAGGAGGUUAAACCUCUUCCAGUGCAGCAGGAUGUCCCUGCUCAAUCUCCCCCUGAGCAAGUUGAAUUUUCUCCAGCUCAGUCCAAGCGUCUUUCCCAGUCUCCAGAGUCCCCUGAAGAUGAGUCUUCUCCAGGCCAACAAGAGGUCCUAGCUCAGACUCCAGACCCUCCUAAGGAUGUGGAACCUGCUUCAGGCCAACAGGAGGCCCCAGCUCAGCCUUCAGAGCCUCCUGAGAAGGUGGCACCAUCUCCAGUCCAGCAGGAAACCCUAUCUCUACCUCUCGAGCCACUUAAGGAGAUAGAAUCUUCUCUAACACAACAGGAGGUACAAGCUCAGCCUUCAGAGGCCCCUGAGAAGGUAGAACCAUCUCCAAUUCUGCAGCAGGCUCCAACUCAACCUCCCGAGCCCUCUAAGGAGGCAGAAACUCCUCCAGCCCAGCAGGAGGCCCCAGUUCAGCCUCCAGAGCCACCUGAGGAGGUUGUAGCACAACCUCCAGUCCAUAAUGAGGUGACAGUUCCACCUCUAGGACAAGAGCAAGCUCAGCAUCCAAACUUGCCCAAUGUUACUGUUCAGCCUGCUGACCUGGAGCUUACUGUAACUCCAGAACCUACUGUGGAGGCUGAGCAUUCUACAAUCAUGCAGCAGACUAUAGCUCCUCCAGAGGACACUGAGGUGACACCUGCCCAUCCAGAGCAGGUCCAGGCUCAGCAUCCAAAUUUGACUGAAGUCAGAGUUCAGCCUUUAGACCUGGAACUGACCAUAACUCCAGAACCCACUACAGAGGCUGAACAUUCUACACCCAUGAAGGAGACUACAGCUCCUCCUCCAAAGGACCUUGAGGUGACACUUGCACAUCCAGAGCAGGUUCAGAGUCAGCAUCCAAACCUGACUGAAGUCACAGUUCCACCUAUGGACCUGGAACUUACUGUAACUGCAGGAUCCAGUGUGGAGACUGAACCUUCUCCAACCACGCGAGACACCCCAGGUCAGCCUGCAGAGCCACCUAAGGAGGUUGUAGUUCAAUUUCCAUUCCAGCAGGAAGUGACAGUUCCAACUCCAAGUAAGGAUCAAGGUCAGCAUCCAGCAUCACCCAUCAUCCCAUUUCGUCAUGUGGAGCUUACUAUAACUCCAGAACCUAUUACGGAGGCUGAACAUUCGACAACCCUGAAGAAGACUACAACUCCUCCCCCAAAGGACCUUGAGGUGACACUUGCACACCCAGAGCAGGUUCAGAGUCAGCAUCCAAACCUGACUGAAGUCACAGUUCCACCUAUGGACCUGGAACUUACUGUAACUGCAGGAUCCAGUGUGGAGACUGAACCUUCUCCAACCACGCGAGACACCCCAACUCAGCCUCCAGAGGCACCUAAGGAGGUUGUAGUUCAAUAUCCAUUCCAGCAGGAAGUGACAGUUCCAACUCCAAGUAAGGAUCAAGGUCAGCAUCCAGCAUCACCCAUCAUCCCAUUUCGUCAUGUGGAGCUUACUAUAACUCCAGAACCUAUUACGGAGGCUGAACAUUCGACAACCCUGAAGAAGACUACAACUCCUCCCCCAAAGGACCUUGAGGUGACACUUGCACACCCAGAGCAGGUUCAGAGUCAGCAUCCAAACCUGACUGAAGUCACAGUUCCACCUAUGGACCUGGAACUUACUGUAACUGCAGGAUCCAGUGUGGAGACUGAACCUUCAACCACGCGAGACACCCCAACUCAGCCUCCAGAGGCACCUAAGGAGGUUGUAGUUCAAUAUCCAUUCCAGCAGGAAGUGACAGUUCCAACUCCAAGUAAGGAUCAAGGUCAGCGUCCAGCAUCACCCAUCAUCCCAUUUCGUCAUGUGGAGCUUACUAUAACUCCAGAACCUAUUACGGAGGCUGAACAUUCGACAACCCUGAAGAAGACUACAACUCCUCCCCCAAAGGACCUUGAGGUGACACUUGCACAUCCAGAACAGGUUCAGAGUCAACAUCGAAACCUGACUGAAGUCACGCUUCUACCUAUGGACCUAGAAAUUCCUGUAAGUCAGCAACCAGAGACAGGUUUUCCUCCAACAACUCAACAUUCUGUGGUGCAUUUUGUAAACUAUACCUCAGAAAAGGCAUACACAACUUUAACCUGGCAACCAGAACAGAAUGCCACCACAAACCUCAAAAUAUGUGAGCGUUGUACCUGCAAAGAUGAGACACUGUCGUGUGUUGGUCUCAGCCUACAGCAGAGGCUCCGCAGAGUGCCCGUGCCGGAGCCCGACACCUACAACGGCACCUUCACCAUCUUAAAUUUCCAAGGAAACUCUAUUUCUUACAUUGAUGAAAAUGUAUGGAAGGGAUACCGUUGGGCUGAGAAACUAAUUCUCAGUGAAAAUUAUCUGACCGAAUUACAUAAAGACACAUUUGAAGGCCUGCUAUCCCUCCAGUAUUUAGAUUUAUCCUGCAAUAAAAUACAAUCUAUUGAAAGACGUACAUUUGAAUCACUACCUUUUUUGCAGUUUAUAAAUCUUGGUUGCAAUUUACUCACCGAGCUGAGCUUUGGAACAUUUCAGGCCUGGCAUGGAAUGCAGUUUUUACACAAGCUAAUUAUCAGUCGGAACCCUCUGUCAGCUGUUGAAGAUUCCUAUCUUUUUAAGUUGCCAGCGUUAAAAUAUUUAGACAUGGGAUCAACACAGGUGUCACUUACAACAGUUGAGAGCAUCCUCAUGAUGACCCUUGAAUUGGAAACACUGAUAUUACCCAGCCGUAUGGCCUGCUGUCUCUGCCAGUUUAAAAAUACUAUUGAGGUUGUCUGUAAGACAGUCAAGCUACAUUGUGACAGUACAUGUCUGACAAAUGGCACACGUUGUGAUCAGGAAGUAUACCUAAGGAAUGCAGAAGGAUCAUUCAUGAAGGUAUUGAAAGCUCGAAAGAAGAGCGCCAGCACGGAGCUGACUAUUGAGCCAGAGAAGGCAUCCUCAGACAUAGAUCGUGUCAGUUUGUCAGCCUUUAUGAAUGAGCAGCUAGACUUCAAUGACGAAAGUGAUGUCAUUAGUGCACUGAGUUACAUAUUGCCUUAUUUCUCGGAGGGCAAUCUAGAAGACGUAGAAUCGACGCUGUUACCGUUCAUUAAACUUCUGUUUUCAAAUGUGCAAGAGGGAGACAAGCCCGUGGGUCACUCGAUGAAUGACACAGGGGACCCGUCUCUUAAACCUGGAUCCAACAAUUCAACUUACAAGAAUAAACUGAGAAAACUCUACUUUCUGGAAAAUUUGUUAGAUGCAGAAAUUCAGGAAAAAAUUGAUGAGGUGAAAAACAAAGAAAAAACGGCCAUGCUUAUACAUUCCAGCCUUUUAGGUCCCAAGUUUAAACGUCAAAUCUUUCCAAAGAAAUUGGAAACUGCCCAACCGCAGGAGAAGAGCCUAGAUGAAGUUGAGAGUGUGGGGAAAAAGUUCCUGAGAGUGAACAAGGUCAUCAAGGGCCCAAAGGGCAUAUGGAAAAGGCACUUAAAAGAACUGAGACGUCAGAACAUCCAGAGGAAACAGAACGCCCAGCCGUCUGUGGAGAACAUGGCCAAGGAAAGAAGGCUCAGGAGACCAUCCCCAGGGGAGCUUCACGUGGCGCACAGGCCCAGCAAAUUAGUGGGAAGCUCCUUCAACACAGAGCCUUCGUUCGUAGAGGAGCCCAAGGCAGCGGUCUCUUCUUUCCUGAAGCAAUACUCUUUGGGCAGGCCUUCUGCCACCCCCGCUCCAAAAUCCCCACCUGACGUGAAAAAAAAAUCAAAAGACUUAAUGUACAGCAUUUUUCUUAUACAAGAUGCAAAUGCUAGAGUUAGAAAUAUGAAGGCUUCCGGACCAGCCUCACACCCCAGAAAAACACACCGCUUUCAUAAAAGUCGCUCCCGUGUGGUCCACAGAACACCCAAGGCCAAACUGAAUCGAAAGUCCAGAAAGGAAAGUUCACUCAGUAAUAGACAGCUGCUUGCAAAGAGGCCUCCAUCCUCUGCAGUCAGGAGCCUCAUAAAUUCCCCUUCACGAGAGGAUUUUUCAUCUCCGGGAGAACUGAGUCCUCAGAAAAAUCCUUUUCCAGAAUUAUUUGCUCCUUCAGGAACUUACAGAGAAAACACUACUGUAGAGAACACUACUGCCCAAAAUGUUUCUGACGAAAAUAUUUCUACAGGAAACACUACUGUGCCAGAACAAACCCUCCCUGAAUUCACAAACCGUAAGAAUCUUUCCACUGCUAAUUCUACUGUUACUGCAGACAACUCUAUGCCGACCGUUAAACAAACCAAUGAUACACAAUGGGAAUACCACAAUGCGGGCACUGGCUUGCCCCCAAAAGCCACAGGCUUCCCUGUGUCAAAGCUCUCGUCCUCAGGUGAUCUGUUUGAAAUUCAGUUAAACCAGCAGCUACAGUCCCUCAUCCCCAACAAUGACGUGAGAAGCCUCAUUUCUCAUGUUAUCCGGACUUUGAAAAUGGACUGCUCUGAGACCCACAUGCAGCUGGCCUGUGCCAAGCUCAUCUCCAGAACAGGCCUCCUGAUGAAGCUUCUCAGCGAGCAGCAAGAAGUAAAGAUGUCCAAGGCAGAGUGGGAUACGGACCAAUGGAAAAAUGAGAAUUAUAUCAAUGAGAGCACAGAAGUCCAGAGUGAACAGAGAGGGCAGGAGUCCAGGGAGCUCACAAAAGAAGUUCCAGGCUAUGGCUAUAACAACAAACUCAUCUUGGCAAUAUCUGUGACUGUAGUAGUGAUGGUUUUGAUCACAGUUUUCUGUCUCAUUGAGAUUCAUUCUCAUAGAGCAGCAGCCAAGGAAGGUAAAGAAGGAAGCUCAAGGGGCUUCUUUGGAUCUCUGCUGCGUAAGAGAUGCUCAAAGGAAAGUGACAGUCAGGAGGGCUUUUUCUGGAGAAGGCGGCCACUUUGGCUUAGGGACAUGUACAGACCUCUCAAUGCCACACGCAAGAAAAACAUGGCACAGAAGCUGCACGACAAGGAUUCUUCUGAUGAAGAUGAGAUUUUCCACAUGGAACUAGGGGAGCCUGGCAAAGCCAGAGCAGAGAAGGCUCAGGCCACAGAUUCCACUACUGAAGAGCUGGGUGACGAGAGUGAGACACUAUGUGAGGUUGUCACAGAGUGAACGCCGUCCUGCCUCAGGCCACCUACAAAGUUUACUUUCCGAUACUGGCUUCUCAGCAUUGCUUAUAAAAGACUUGUUUUUCUCAUAUUGAAACGUAUAGAUCCAUAACCAAUUCUAGCCACGUGGUAAGGAACUAAAACGUAAACAGUUAAAUAUUUAUCUACAGACAACAGGGGCCACAGGCCAGAGAAGCAGGACUGAAGCCAGAGUCCCUCGUGGUAGCCAGUAUUUCCACAAGACACAGUACGGGCCAAGUAGGGUGAAUGGGGCGUCUUUCCCUCGCUUCCCUGAUACAGUCAGUCUCUGGAAACUGGAAAACGUAUCUUCAAGGGGCUUAGACUAUUAAGUGAAUUAACAGCUUAUUCUGGUGCUCUCUCCCCUGGCUCACCAAAUACCAGUUAUUCACAACGUGCUUGACCCCCUGCCCGUAGAGGAUCAUCUCUUUCUGGCCCCUCCGUAAGGUCUUUGGGGUUGCCAGAAAAUUUGGAUCGCUGAGCCUACCUCCACUGUCGGGCUGAGGCCUGUCUUUCUUCCCAAGAGCUCAAACUCAGACGCAAAAUGUGUAGUUGGAAGUAGGGUGUUCCUCAACCUUACAAGCUAGUAGAUAGUUCCCAUUGGGUUUUUUUGUUUGUUUUCUUUACAAAAAAAAAAAAGUCCCCACCCUCAGAGAGCUGGCAGGGAGAUGCUGGAGGGUUAGAGUAAAGAAUGUGUGAGAGCAGUAAUUACCCAGGACUGCCCUGCUCAGGCCUUUAUUUCAGAAAACUUAUUGGUGGGGGCACUUACUGGUCACCUGUACCACACUAGCCUCUGCCGACCCCACUGAGGGUCGGAUGCGUGCGGCUGGGCUCUCUCCAGUUCAGCCCAGCACCACACCUACCACUGCUUUCCUACCCAGCUCGGAUCAGGGCCGCACGAUUGCAAGAGAUAAUGCAGCACAACGUGCAGAAGACGCAAACAUCCCUCCACUUCUGCAGAGGAGGGCGUUAACCAGUCACAUUUGGGAUGUUGGGAGGAGUCGGGGUGCCUGGGUGGCUCAGUCCGUUGAGCAUCCGACUUUGGCUCAGGUCAUGACCUCAUGGUGUGGGAGUUUGAGCCCUGCAUUGGGCUCUCUGCUGUCAGCACAGAGCCCACUUCAGAUCCUCUGUCUCCCUUUCUCUCUAUCCCUCCCCCCAGCUCACACACUGUCUCUCAAAAAUAGAUAAACAUUAAAAAUAAUGCAGUCAUCUAUACUUUCUGAGUAAAUGAAUGACAGAUUUUAGAAAAAGGACGUCAGAGUCAAAAUACAGUAGUGAAUAAAAGAAAUCCUGAAUGAA